AUGGCGACCACAGCACCGGACAUCGAGUUCGAGGACUUUUCAUUGGUGAAGGACGGCUUGUACGUUGGAGCAGGCUCGAGGGAAAACUAUGACAAGAUCGGGAUGAUUUUUCCAGGGACCCGAUUCGUGACAUGGAUGACGCCAUUCUUGGUCCUUGUCGUCGAACCGCUUCCCCCGAAACCAUGGCCAUUACGCGUCGGAGGCGCUCCGCUCUACAUCACCGCCGAUCCGUGGUCUAGGGGCCCGUAUAUGGGCCGACUUGGGCAGGGCAAGGAGAUUUUGAAUGAGGAAAACGCAAAAGGUGCGACAAUUUCUGAGGACCGUCUCCGCAGAGCGGCCAAUCUCCUGGUUCUUGAUCUGCAGAUCAAGGUGACUACCAUAGACUGGUACGGAUGUUUCUGGGGGAUCACCGUUCCUGAGGGGACCCCUCUCACCACACUGCCGUGCCGGCUCAUGGAUCUAAUGUGCAGGUAUAAGUUUACUGCACGACCAAACCUGUUCGAUACGAGUAUCCCCCUUGAUAAAGCGGCAUCCGAGGACGAGGACUGCCGCGACACCGCCAUACCUCCCACAGAAUACCCAGAUUUUGAUGGGCUCACGAUUGGAGAUUGCGUUCUUAGAAACCACCCAAUCUGUGGAUCCCGUCCCGCGGUCCACCUUGCCUAUGGGUUGCAGCUGAAGGCUGGUUCAGACAUGAUGGCUCCUCACUGGCAAAAGCGCCAAUUGGCAUGUUUCGGCAAUGGCUUGCCCGGGCUGGUUGAUGGAGGCGGUGAGAGUACAACGCAGAAUCAGAGUCGUGGUGGUGCUGCGAGUAUAGUCCGCUUCUUGGAACACGCAGAUGGCAUCUCAGGCUAG